UAUAUAUCAUAGGUGUGAGUACACAGUGUUUUCUCUCAAAACCUCCCAGCCAGCCCUUCCUGUUGCGGAUAUAUAGCUCCAUGGCCACCGAAGAAGAACACGCACUCCAAGGUCGAGCUGCACACUCCCGAUCUUCCACUCCCACUACCACUCAGAGCCCACACAAGCGCCCGGCCGACGCCUCAAUGGCCACCACCACCACGCCAGCGCCGGUGCCCUCCUACGACACGCCGGAGGGCGUCGACGUCCGCGGGCGGUACGACCCCGAGUUCGCGGCCAUUCUCACCCGCGACGCGCUGGCCUUCGUGGCCGGCCUGCAGCGCGAGUUCCGCGGCGCCGUCCGGUACGCCAUGGAGCGCCGGCGGGAGGCCCAGCUGCGGUACGACGCCGGCGAGCUGCCGCUGUUCGACCCGGCCUCGAGGCUCGUCCGCGAGGGCGGCUGGACGUGCGCGCCCGUGCCGCCGGCCAUCGCGGACCGCACCGUGGAGAUCACCGGCCCCGCCGAGCCGCGGAAGAUGGUCAUCAACGCGCUCAACUCCGGCGCCAAGGUCUUCAUGGCUGACUUCGAGGACGCGCUGUCUCCGACGUGGGAGAACCUGAUGCGCGGGCAGGUUAACCUGCGGGACGCCGUGGCCGGCACGAUCAGCUUCCACGACGCGGCGCGCGGCCGGGUGUACAAGCUCAACGACCAAACGGCGAAGCUGUUUGUCCGGCCGCGGGGCUGGCACCUGCCCGAGGCGCACGUCCUCAUCGACAGCGAGCCCGCCAUCGGCUGCCUCGUUGACUUCGGGCUCUACUUCUUCCACAACCACGCUGCCUUCCGCGCCGGCCAGGGCGCCGGGUUUGGGCCCUUUUUCUACCUCCCCAAGAUGGAGCACUCCAGGGAGGCGAGGAUAUGGAACGGCGUGUUCGAGAGGGCGGAGAGGGCGGCGGGGAUCGAGCGCGGGAGCAUCCGGGCGACGGUGCUGGUGGAGACGCUGCCGGCGGCGUUCCAGAUGGACGAGAUCCUGCACGAGCUGCGCGACCACUCGGCGGGGCUCAACUGCGGCCGCUGGGACUACAUCUUCAGCUACGUCAAGACGUUCCGUGCACACCCCGACCGGCUCCUCCCCGACCGCGCCCUCGUCGGAAUGGCGCAGCACUUCAUGCGCUCGUACUCCCACCUCCUCAUCCGCACAUGCCACCGCCGCCGCGUCCACGCCAUGGGCGGCAUGGCAGCUCAGAUUCCGAUCAAGGACGACGCAGCGGCGAACGAGGCAGCGCUGGAGCUGGUGCGCAAGGACAAGCUGCGGGAGGUGCUUGCGGGGCACGACGGCACGUGGGCGGCGCACCCGGGGCUCAUCCCGGCGAUAAGGGAAGUCUUCGAGGGCCACCUCGGCGGGAGGCCGAACCAGAUCGAUGACGCCGCGGACGCCGCCGCUGGCAACGUCACGGAGGAGGACCUGCUCCAGCCGCCGCGGGGCUCGCGCACGGUGGACGGCCUGCGGCUCAACACCCGCGUGGGCGUGCAGUACGUCGCGGCGUGGCUGGCCGGGUCCGGGUCAGUGCCGCUGUACAACCUGAUGGAGGACGCGGCCACCGCGGAGAUCAGCCGCGUCCAGAACUGGCAGUGGCUGCGCCACGGCGCGGAGCUGGACGCGGGUGGCGUGGCGGUGCGCGCAACGCCGGAGCUGCUCGCGCGCGUCGUGGAGGAGGAGAUGGCCAGGGUCGAGGCGGAGGUCGGCGCCGAGAGGUUCCGGCAGGGGCGGUACGAGGAGGCCGGCAGGAUCUUCAGCCGGCAGUGCACCGCGCCGGAGCUGAACGACUUCCUGACGCUGGACGCGUACAACCUCAUCGUGGUGCACCAUCCCAGUGCGUCACCAUGCAAGCUCUGAGUUUGAGAGGCCGAGGAGAACACGACGAUCUGUGUAUGUGCCUGCUUCGUUGCCGUUGCCGCUGCUGUUGCUUUCAGAAAAAUAACGUCUCCCAGUUUGCUGCAGCUACCGAAUAAGGAUGGUAUCUUUGAGUACCAUUGGAAUGGAAAUACCCACUGCCUAUGACCCGCUCUCCGUCAUGUAAGCUGCUUUGAGUAUUUGUGCUUAUAAAAAGCAAUAAUUGAGUUGAUCUAUGUAAUAUAGAACAUUUACCUAAGUGAUAACCUGAGAUUAGAGAAGAUUCCUAAAGGUCUGAAUUGGAAAUACCAAUUAGAGAAGA